CGAGAGCCGUGUGUUACUUUCCCGAUCAAUCAAACACUAGAGUCCCAACAAAAACUCCCACGUAAAAACAUAGCCAUUUACAUCACAUUGGAUUCCUCAAGUUCUCUGAAAGCUCUCUCGAUUAACCCAACAAAAUGGCUACCCUUAACACGAUCGCAGCUCACAACCUCCCUUCACCCUCAACCUCCUCCUUCGCCACCCAAUCUCACAAACCCAACUCGCUUUCACUCUUCUUCUGCACCCAAACCUCCAGCAAACCCCACCCACCACGGCUUCCGGCCUUCCCGACCAGGAAAAAACGAAGCUGGAUUGUUAGAUCGAUCACGGAGGACAGAGAGGUGGUUCCCUUGAAGAAGAAGGAUACAGGGGAACAAGAUAGCAGCUUGCUGCUUAAUGGGUCGGGAGAAUUUCAGGCUCUUUCGACAUCAUCGGAGGAGAAAGGAGAGGGGGAUGAUUUGGAUAAGCUGACGAGCAGAGCUAUUAAUGCGUUAAUUGUUCUGGGAUUUGGGACCCUUGCGGUCUCUAAGUUGCUCACAAUCGACCACGAUUAUUGGCAUGGAUGGACACUUUAUGAGAUACUAAGAUAUGUACCGGAACACAAUUGGAUUGCAUAUGAACAGGCUCUCAAAGCAAAUCCUGUUUUUGCCAAAAUGGUGAUAAGUGGGGUUGUCUAUACUCUAGGAGAUUGGAUUGCUCAAUGUUUUGAAGGGAAGCCGCUUUUGGAGUUUGACCGGAAACGUAUGUUCAGAUCAGGCCUUGUUGGCUUUACUUUCCAUGGAUCUCUUUCCCAUUAUUAUUACCAAUUUUGUGAGGCUCUUUUUCCUUUGGAGGAUUGGUGGGUGGUCCCUGCCAAAAUAGCCUUUGAUCAAACAGUGUGGUCAGCGAUUUGGAACAGCAUCUAUUUUGUGGUUUUGGGGUUCUUGCGUUUCGAAUCCCCAACCAAGAUUUUUGAUGAACUUAGGGCUACAUUUGUGCCCAUGCUGACUGCGGGAUGGAAGCUUUGGCCAUUCGCUCAUGUCAUUACCUAUGGCCUGAUCCCUGUUGAACAAAGGCUUCUUUGGGUGGACUGUGUGGAGCUAAUUUGGGUUACUAUUCUCUCAACUUAUUCAAAUGAGAAGGCAGAUUCUAGUUUAUCUGAGGCAUCUUCUGGAGCAGAUUCUGCUUCUUCGUCAAGCAGUUCUUCAAAGGACUAAAUUUUGAAAAGCAUGGACCCCAUUAGGGUGUGGAAGUCAAAAAUUCGAUACUAUAAGUGCGAGUAACAUACUCGUUGAAAGGGGAGAUCGUCAUCCAUUGGAUGUGCAGACCCCCAUAUACUAGGAAGCGGCAUGGGAUAGCUUGGGAGACCAGCAAUUAUUGGUUAUCCGAACCAAACACAUACGACACGAAGAAUUAUUUGUCCCUCAGGUGUGUUAUAUAUUCGUUCUCAAAUUCAGUCAGAUCUCCCUGGCGAUCUCGUGCUAUGUAUAUGUAUUGGAGUAGCUGUAAAUUUCAACAGGUACUGCAACUCAUGUUGCAGCUUGGAGAAACUGUAUACUUGUAAUUAUAGUGCCACAAAGAUGAGUAAGAAGAUUGAGAUUUUGCAACUA